AGGAACGAGAUUUGAGUAUUGUAGAGUAUGGCGUCCACAUAAUGGAAAUAGGACGUAAAAAUGUUACUAUUUUGAAUAGAAAAAAGAUUAGACUGAUAGUUUAGUAGUUGUAGGAAGGGCAUUGGGUUCCUUUUUAUAUCGGGGUUAAUUGAAGUUGGGGGGUUCAAAUCACAAGCACCAUGUCGACUGAAACUAUGGAAACAAACCACAGUGCUGUCAACUCCAUUUCCAGGCAAGACAGCAAAACGAGGAAGGCCGAGUGGGUGAGGUUAAAUGUCGGAGGCACCAUAUUUAUGACCACAAGAACUACUCUCUGCAGAGAUCCGAAAUCAUUCCUCUAUAGAUUGGUGCAGGAAGACCCCGACCUUGGUUUGAACACGGACAAGGAUGAAGAAGGAGCCUACCUCAUAGAUAGAGAUCCCACCUACUUUGGCCCAGUUCUCAAUUACUUGAGACAUGGGAAACUUGUCAUAAAUAAAGAUCUUGCAGAAGAAGGUGUUUUGGAGGAAGCUGAGUUUUACAACAUCACUGAUUUGAUAAAGCUGGCCAAGGAUAAGAUCAGAGAAAGAGAUGCCAAACAAAACCAGACAUAUAUGAAGAAUGUAUAUAGAGUGCUACAGUGUUCUGAGGAGGAGCUCACUCAGAUGGUGUCCACAAUGUCUGAUGGCUGGAAGUUUGAACAGCUGAUCAACAUAGGAUCCCAGUAUAACUACGGGUCUGAAGAUCAUGCAGAGUUCCUUUGCGUGGUCUCCAAAGAAUGUCCGAACAUUGUCAAUGGUCAUGAGAGUGAGUCUACAGACCGUGCUAAGGUGUUGCAGCAGAAAGGCUCAAGGAUGUGACUAAUUCCAGCGUUUUUGAGAAGCGCAUCAGAGACUAGUUGUUUCAGUCUGUUUGACCUUGCUUAUCUGUGGUAUGAGAAGAUUCUGCCAUUUUUCAAACGGACAUGAAGCUACUGAAGAAUCUCACUCCAGCAAGAAGAGAGACAUGAUGUGUCUUUGCACAGGAAAUAUAUGUCAUUGCUGAGUUUAAACAAGUAUUCAGUUUCCACUAACGCUCAUUCUUGGUGGAUCAUUUUGAACAUACUUCAGCUCUUGAGCAUUUUGCAUGUGUCAUUUGACAGCAUCAGCUGUUGCCAUGUCUGUUAUGUGUGGUACAGUGGUUGCCCUCUUUAGAGCUUCUCAAACUUUACACCAUUAUAGAUGCUGUUACGUGUAGUAUUAUAUUUUAUAACAAUGCUUUUACUAAUACAUUAGGGGCCAUGGUUCCAACUUCCAAAGGAGAUCAUUUAUAUUUUGACCAUAUUUAAAAGCAGAGGACAGUGAUGAGUGAAACAUUGCAGUUGUUCUGAUGGCAAAAAUAGCAAGUUUGUUGUUUCUUUUUAGUACCUUAUGUGACAAAUUAUGAAGUUCACUUCAGUGUUUGUCUGAAUCUUUGUAUACAUGUGGUUAUUGUGCUGAGUCUGUGUUAUGGCGUCACUUGUUGUAUGAUCUAGUGCUGUUCUUUGACUAAAUGCAGUUGUAUUUUAUCAUAAUCUGCAUUUAUUGUAAAAAGAUGAGUCUGAUGAUGUUUGAUGUUUUGCUGAUGAUGAUUGUCAUCUAGCAAGACAUAAUUACAUCGGAUUACUGAACAUGGUUGUUUAUUACUACGCUCUCAAUCUUUCUUCAUUCAGUGAACUGAAAUAUUCUUUGCAAUAUAGAAUGUUGAAAUAUUCUGUAAUCAAGUGUAAUUGUUGUCUAAUUGUCUGCUGAGAUUAUGUGAUUGUGAGAGUUCAUUUUGAUGAAGUACUAGUCACUAGCGUACAUGUUAUGGAAGAUGGGUUUGUGCUAUUACCAGUAAAGUGGUCAUUUAGUGGCAGUGCAGAGAGUGUUCAGUGAGCUAGCAAUGUGUUCUUUUAACUUUACUUGCAAGUCAUAGGGGAGAUUUGAAUUUAAUUAUGUUGGGUUUUUUUGUAAAUCAGAAUUACCUGGCAUGUCAUCAAUGUUACACCUGACUGACUUGACCAAUUCAAUUCAGACAAAGUAAGAUAACCGAUAAAUGCAAAAUUAUGUUUUUGCUUAUCCAUUCCAUAUCUUCAAACACCAGUGCAAAUAUCACCUCCUUCAGAGUGGGAGGUGGGCAAGUGGGUAAGAUUUGUUUUUACACCUGGAUCUAUUUGACAAGGAACACAGGUAAUUCUGUUGUUUGGUACUUCUCAAUUCGCUGUGCAGAGUUGCAUCCCUUUUAGAUGCCAGAAUGCUAUGAUCAUUGGUUUGAAUGGAAGGUUUUGGUUAUGAUUCCUGGCACCAGUGCUCAUGGUUUCAUGGUAAACAUGUACAACCUGCAUCACUCAGGGCCUUCCACCAACAUCAGCUCUCACACAUCAGUACUGUUCAAAGUUUAACCCACCUCACUCAUUAUCAACAAAACUGUGGUCAUCUGUCAGAUCCUGGAGUAUAAUAAGCUAACAUUAUCCCAGUACCUAUACACGUCAGCUCAACAUAGUCGCAAUUGCAAGACUUUUCACUGUGAUGUGAAGGACUAUGUCUGCAACUGUGCUCCUGUGUAGGUGAUGUCAUCAAGCAGCAGCAGGUUACACAUAGUUGCACAUAAAUCCACGAAACACACACACAAUGGGGGAGUUUCAAAGAUAUUUGUCAUAACAUUUUAUCAUUGUUGCCACUGUGAACUGACAGCUGGUCACACUGAUCACUGUGUGUGUUCACACAGACUUAGGAAAUGCUUCACAUCAUACAUAAUGUUUGAAGAGUCACUGCCUCUGUUCAUGGUUCAUUAUGACAGAUGGUUAAGUGUGAAGUAGAAGCAUUGAUCCUCAGGUCCACACAGAAGUUGUUACAGCCAACUAAAUCACACUGUUGCUGUUAAAGAAGGGUUGUGUGUAGAUAACUAAGUCAGUUUAUUAUUCCUGUGAAACAUAAGGUAAAGCCACUGGUUACUUUAACUGCUAUCAUUUCAUUUUGCUACAUUAUCAACAACAUGUCUGUUAACUCUGGCUAGUCCAGUGGGUGACCAUAUUGGGAGACUGAACUGUUAGACAUUUCAUCAAGCUACAUUUAAGAUUUACAGUGUGUUUGUUUGCAAUGAUACAUAGUGCUACCAACGUCUGAAGACUGCAGUCAUCACUGUCAUGUAAUCACCACUAUGUUAGAUAGUGUACAAUUACUGCUGAUUCCACCAAUAUACAGUUCACAGCCUCCUAUAACAAUAUCGGCUACACUAACACCACAUGUAACUAGUCAUAUUAUCAAAACAAGAUUUUCUCAUCUGGUAGCUGGUAGAUUAAACAUUUGUCAUUAAAUGUGUUGUUAACCCAAGAUAGAGUAUAUGGAUCGCUAGACUCAAAAGCUAUUUGAGCAAGCCUUGAAAACCCUAUGACACCCUUUGUUCACACACUGAGUAAACAGAGCACUUUAUCAAAGCAGUUCUGAUCAUAUUUUUUGUGUGUAUUUUUUAAAAUGGUUUGCCAUUAUAGUGUAAGUAGUCUUAUGGCGAUUGUUAGUUUCUUAAUAUUAAUGACGACAGUAUCCCCAUUCAAAGAUGUUUUCAUAUUUUUCAGCAGAGUAUGUGUCAUAUUUCCUCUAAUAAAUCCACUUACAUUUCUUGAUUCAUUCACAGUCUGUUCCUGACAUACUUUUGAGGCUGAUCAUUUUUGAUGGACCAUUGAUUACUAGAAUGUUCUUCUGACCAGAAAAGCUAAUCUUUUUAAGCUGUAUACAUUGUUUGUUUAACAAUACUAUUCAGGUAUCAUCUCGAUCUCCAUGAACUUGUUAGCAGACUAGAAUGUUGGUGUAUUGAACACAAUGUUUAUGAGAGGAAAUAUGGUAGCUUAUGAAAUGCUGCUGUGAGACUUUGGUGACUUUUGCAUGUGAUGUAAUAAAUGAAACCAAUAUUCCAACAACCCAAGUGUAUGGCAAUCAUCUUCAGUUUUAAUUAAACAUUGAAAAGGGUGCUGAGACUGGACAUUUUCCAUGUUUUCAUAUGAGAAGUAGAAUGUGGAUUCUACUUAGAGAAUGUUUAGAAAGUAGUGCCAAAAUGUGUCAACGAUUCACCAUACUUGAUAUUGAACAUCCUUUCUUCGCCUUUCUUCUUCUUGAUGGUUAGUGUUAGGCUUAAGAAAACUAAAUAAUUGGUUCUCAGUCCAUUUCAAGGAAAGUGUCUACUUACAAGAAUGGGUUCUUUGAACAGAUAUAAAUCAAUCUACAUGCUUGGUUGAGUUUCAAAACAGGUCAGUGUCUGUGAACCAAGUUUUAUGUUUUAACUGUGUCAUCACUUCAUGUUGAAAGUGUUGUUUAUUUAUUAAAUGUAUAAAACAACUUGUAAAUUCAUCAUCAUUGAUAUUACUCUAUUUUCUGAUAUUUCUGUCUAUAUUUGUGAAAAUUUGUAAAUGAAUUUUGUAAUAUCUCCAAUAUAAUUGGUGUAUCAACACUGAUGAAACUAUUGAUUUGUUUGUCAUGUACAAUUAUCCACACAUCUGUAACACAAAUAAGAACCUGUGAAUUAACAAAACAUUUAUGAAUUUAACAUAACAGCACAUUACAUGUUUUUUUGUGAUAAUAUUAUGAAGUAUAACUGGUUUUCAGUUGUAGAUACUGUAUUCGUUUUUUUUAGAGUACACAAUGUAGUCUGAUUAUUUGGACUUGCAUGGAAAAGUGCUUCUGAGUCUGUUCAGAAGACAAAACCUGCAUAUUUAGUGAGCAAUUUUGUUGAAUUAUUCCUUUUGUUCAUCUGGCAAUAAUUACAUACAUGUAUGUUAUUGUUGCAGAAAAGAAUAAAAACCAAUUAUUUUGCAAGAGAUUCUAUUUAUUGCAUGCACUACCUUCUCACCAGCCCCCUUGUAUACUCUAAGAGUAAUGCAAGAAGAUCUUUGAAGCACAUGUGCUUACUCCUAGUCUUCUGUCAUUUGUAUGGUUGUUUGACUACUCUGUCAGUCAGUGUAACACUUUCUGGUCUGAUUUACUGGUCUGUAUUAUGUUGCCAAUUCAUUCCUCAUUGUCAUAUGACCAUUGGUAUUUCAAGCCUACAUAAUAGAAAUCAAAAUGCCAUUUUGUGAGUAAAUAUUAAAUAUCAUAUUUGUAUAUUUCUCUGUCAUUGUUGAUCUUACUUUUGCCAUUGAUUUCUUGUUGUGUUUUCAUUGACAUCUGUGCUUCUUUCAGCCAUUGGGCAAAGUGUAUAUGUCACAAUAUCAUUUCAAGUGUCUGUUUUAUAGAAAAACUGUACAUUUUAUGAAGAAUAAAUUUUUAGAGUAAAUCUCAA